ACAGGACUCGUCUGAAACGUAAACAGUCGUGUGUAUUGGAGGGCAGAUAUGAGUCUGUUAUCGAGGACAGUGCAGUGUGCUGUGGGUCAGAGGGAGUGGAGCCGCAGACACUUCUGGGGCUGGCUCAAUGCAGUCUUCAACAAGGUGGACUAUGAGAGGAUAAAAGCCGUUGGUCCAGACAGAGCUGCAGCAGAGUGGCUGCUGAGAUGCGGUGCCAAAGUGAGGUUUGAAGGUUUCGAUCGCUGGCAACACGACUACAACGCGCUGCCAACUGGGGCUCUGGGCAGAUACAAGAUCCAGGCGAUAGACGCUACUGAAUCCUGCAUCAUGCACAGAGGGUUUGACCACCUGGAUGGUUUGAAACAUGUGGAGGAAAUCAAGUUCAACAAGUGUAUGUACAUUGAGGACAGCUGCCUGGAGAGGCUGAGCUCUAUAGAGAAUCUGCAGCAGAGUUUGUACAUGAUGGAGGUGGUGUCGUGUGGAAAUGUGACCGAUAAGGGCAUCAUCACUCUGCACAAACUAAAGAACCUGGAAUAUCUUUUUCUCAGUGAUCUUCCCGGGAUCAAAGACAAAGAAACAACAGUUAACAGACUACAGACAGCGCUCCCACGUCUGGACCUAGCACUGGACCUGGAAUGAUAUCAGAAAAAACGUCCUGUUUAGAAGAGACUGUUAUCAUUUAAAAAUAAGGGCGCCAUUUUUGAGGUUUCCAAAGUAAAAGAGCCAGUCUUGACAUAGGACAGACUGAAGGGCUUAUAGUGUGCAGCAUGGAGAUCCAUCAGCUAAAAUGUUAAACGUAUUUUCAUGUGAAUCAUUAAGUCGUGCAGAGAAAAUAUUCAGGUUGAUGUGUCACCUUUCAGCUUGAAGUAUAAUCAAGCUUUAAAGGGACAGAUCACCCUAAAAUCAAAAAUACAUAUUUAGUCUUACCUGUGGUGCUAUUUAUCUGUCUCGAUUGUUCUGGUGUGAGUUGCCGAGUGU